AAAAAAAUGGAAAGUCAGAAAGGUAGGCUAGGCUAUCAAUUGUAUGAAUGGCCCACCUGAAUUUCCAAGUAAGCUCCUGAAAUAAACAAGCGAAGACAACAACGAGGGCUUUGUCAUAUUGUGAUGACCUGUCUGUUUUUACCUUUUACUCGGUCACACUUUCUGAAUCUUUCCAAUCUCCCUCUACCAUUUUGUACGUCACAUUUUCUAAACCUUUCUUUCUGAAAAGUUCUGGGCAGAAGUGGGCAACUAGAGUAGUAUUGAAAAGUCUAUCACCUGAAAAAAAUACGCUUUUUCUAAACUCAAACGUAACCCUCACGUUCUACACCGUAAUUCUCUCUCCUCAAGAAGGCAAUCCCAUUUUGCCCAGAGUGAAAUUUCAUCGCUUGUUUUUAAAGUCAAAAAGGAGCUUUCAGUUUGUUUGUUUGUUUCCUACGCUUUUGUCAAACAAACUCCGUCUUCAAUUCUAUAACGCGAAAGUUGAACGCUUAUCUCUUUAUCUUUUUCUCUGUUUCUCUCUCUUCCACCAUUUUAUAUACUGGGUUUAUUCAAUUUCUGAGUUUUGUUUUUGAUGAGUUUUAAGCGGUAGAAUCCACUUUACUUGUGAAAUUUAACUGUUCAAGAACGAUUUGAUCUCAAUUUUGUGGAUAAGAAAUACUAGUAGGUUCGUUUAUGUUUCUGUGAAAUGAAUGGACACUGGAAAUUCAGUGAGCAUAGCUUGUUGGUUAUUGCGCUGCUCUUGUGUUUGGUGCAUCAGGAAUUUAGUUUCUGUUGCUCACUCAAUGAUGAAGGUUUGUCACUGUUGAGAUUCAGGGAGAGAGUGGAGAGCGAUCCGUUUGGGGCUUUGUCCAAUUGGAAAGAUGGUGAUGGAGUGGAAAAUCCAUGUACUUGGUUAGGAGUUGGCUGCUUUAAUGGGAAUGUUGUGUCUCUGGACUUGAAAGAUCUCCAUCUCUGUGGUACCCUAACUCCUGAUCUCGCGCUCUUGGUUCACUUAAAAUUUAUAAUUUUACGUAACAACUCCUUUACUGGGGUCAUACCUGAUGAGAUUGCAAAGCUAAAAAAGUUGGAGAUUCUGGACCUGGGAUAUAAUAACUUUAGCCAGCCGCUGCCUUCUGACCUUUGCAAUAAUCCCUCUCUGGAAAUUCUUUUAUUAGACAACACUGAGCUGUUUAGGUGCAUAUUUCCUGGAACCGAUAGACCUGAAAUGGUCCCAGAUGUCCAAGAAAAUAACAACAACGCUCCGAGAGCCGAACCUUUGUCACAUCCCAAUGGGGGAUUGAGUUUAAGGACUACAGAAGCAAUUGGAAAUGUAGCUGGAAGAAAAUUACUAAAAGUAUCAUCUUUUUCUCUCCUGAAUAACUUCCAGAAGCAAUUUCGUCCGGUCUUCCGACUUCUAGGUCCUCCUGAAGCUGGUGUUGAGAACAGUACACCUUCAUUAUCCCCGUCUCCAUCACCGAAUCCUUCUCUUUCCCCAGCUCCUACACCUUCAAUUAUUGCAGAACCUCAUCUGGCUCCUUCACCAAGAUCCUCUGCUUCUCCAUCUUCACUUCCCAGUCCGGCAAAGAACCGCAGUGGAGUUGUAGAUUCCGGACGAAGUCAUCAUCGAGCUUUAAUAUUGUCUGCAGCUAUAGGAGGUCCCAUUCUGCUAUUCAUAUCGAUAGCUGGCACGAUCUUCUUUCGAAGCAACAAAAUGGCUGUUGUAAAGCCUUGGGCCACUGGAUUGAGUGGACAGCUGCAGAGAGCAUUUGUUACUGGCGUGCCAAAGCUUAAGAGAUCAGAACUUGAGUCAGCUUGUGAAAAUUUCAGCAAUGUAAUUGGUUCCUCAUCUGUUUGCACACUAUAUAAGGGAACGUUAUCCAGUGGAGUUGAGAUAGCCGUGAUAUCUCGUACAGUGGCAUCUACUAAGGAUUGGUCAAAAGAUAUGGAAGCCCAAUUCAGGAAAAAGAUUGAUACAUUGUCAAAGGUCAAUCACAAGAACUUUGUGAGCCUUCUUGGUUAUUGUGAAGAAGAGGAUCCAUUUACCAGAAUGAUGGUUUUUGAAUAUGCUCCUAAUGGGACCCUCUUUGAACAUCUGCACAUAAGGGAAGCUGAACAUUUGGACUGGGGGAUGCGAAUGAGGAUAACAAUGGGCAUGGCAUACUGCCUUGAGCACAUGCACAAUUUGUCGCCAUCGGUACCUCAUAAAAACUUGACAUCCUCUGCUGUGUACCUCACAGAAGACUGUGCAGCCAAAAUAUCGGAUUUUGGUUUCUGGAAUGAGACAGAUGCAGCUGAAAUUGGGUCAAGUCCGGAAAGUAAUGUUUACAGCUUUGGUGUCAUUCUGUUUGAGAUGAUGACUGGUAGGCUCCCUUACUCAGCAAACAGUAGCUCUCUUGAUGACUGGGCAUCAGAUUAUCUUAGGGGAGGAGAAUCCCCGAGGGAAAUGGUUGAUCCAACUUUAAGUUCUUUCCAAGAGGAACAGGUAGAGAGAAUAGCUGAUGUGAUUAAAAUGUGUGUACAUCCCGAGCCAAGACGACGACUGGCAAUGAGAGAGGUUUCAGCCAGAUUGAGAGAGAUAACAGGUAUAGGACCAGAUGGGGCAACGCCAAGACUCUCCCCUCUAUGGUGGGCUGAGCUUGAGAUUAUAUCAACAGAGGCUUGUUAAUGCAUAGGCACCACAGAUUUGCCUUGGUAAUCAAUAUAGAAGCUGUAUAUACAAAGAUGGAAAGCCUUUUCCCGUUUGAUUUUUCUUUUGGGUGGAUCACAAGAGCAUAUCGACUUUGGGGGGAUAAGGAGAAGUUUUUGUUUGUGUAUAAAAAAAAAAAAAAAAAAUUUAGCAAGUAAUUAAUUUUUAGUCGCCUUAAUUUGCUUUCUUGAAGGCUUGGGAUCUAUUCUAUUGCUUCUUAUAAACUCUCCUUUAACAGCCUGGACAAAAUUGACAAAACAUAAGGGGUCGUUUGGUUUAACGCACUAACAAAAACAGUUAUAGCAUCAAAUUUCACGUUAGUUAUACAAUGUUUGAUUAGGCAUACAAGAAAA